AUGGCUGGAAGUCAAACUGGAUCCCCAAAGAGGGCUGCCUCUCCCACGAAACCUGCUUCGCCUAAGAGCUCCCCAACUAAGGCUAAGAAGAGGACCAAGUCGGCGGCAAAGCCCAGUGUCCACCCUGCCACCUUGGCUAUGGUCACCCAAGCCAUCAAGGCUCUCGGGAAUAAACGUGGAUCUUCUGCUCAAGCUAUUCGCAAAUAUAUCAUAGCGAAUUUCACGGGAAUAAAUGAGGCUAUGCUGCGUCCUAUGCUGCGCCGAGCGUUUGCUGCAGGUCUGAAGAGCGGGCUGCUCGUUCGUCCGAAAGGCUCAAGUGCCACCGGCAGCACAGGUCGUUUCCGUCUAGGUAAAGUGAAGGCAUCGCCCAAGAAGAAGAGCCCCAAGAAACCGAAAAAGAACAAGCCAAAGAAGAGAUCAACCUCCAAAUCCCCAACAAAGAAGGCGAGAAAAUCCAAGCCCAAGACCAAGAAACCCGCAAAGAAAGCUGCCAAAAAACCCAAAGCAGUCAAGAAAUCGAAAUCUCCAAAGAAAGCCAAGAAAACUGCCUCCAAAAAACCAAAGGCAGCAAAGAAGGCAACAAAGGCAAAGCCAGCAGCCAAGAAGACUAAGAAGACAGCUAAAGCAUAG